CAUGGCGGCCUUCUUGAAAAGGCUCUUCACUGAGGGGAAACGCACUACACAUACUGGGCACUGGUCCUAUCCAACUGUGCGACAUCUCUGGGGAAUGUUAAAUGCUGUAUUCAACAAGGUCGACUAUGCAAGAAUCAAGGAGAUAGGACCUGACCAGGCUGCGGCAGAAUGGCUGGUUCGAUGCGGAGCCGCCGUCAAAUUCAAGAAAGUGAAGGAUUGGGACACUGACUACAACCUCCUUCCCAGGGGCCCAAGCGGAAGGUUCUUUAUUGAAGAGGUUGACGCCACCGACUCCUGUAUCAUGAACAUUGGUUUUGAUUAUUUCAUUGGUCUGGACCACCUGCGUUCACUAAAGUUACACCACUGUACUUACCUUCGGGACACUUGUGUCUCCAGACUGGACAUCCUGAAAGACUCCCUGGAGGAGAUACAGUUGAGCAGUUGCGGAGAUAUUUCAGAUGCUGGGCUUGUGUCACUUCACAAGUUACACAAGCUCAAACACCUCUUCUUGUGCGACCUACCAGCCGUCAAAGACAUAGACAGUGUACUGAAAACCCUUGGCACUGCUUUGCCCUCGUGUGAGAUCAGGUACCUGUCCCUGGAAGGACGCAAGGAUCUCAAGAAGCUGGGCAUCGACAAAGAAUUCUUCUCCUGAGCAUGUGAAAUCCUGUAUGGACCCCCAUGCACAAGCACCCCUCAAUGGUUAGAGUUGGGGGAGACCACUGGAAGGGACAUUUGAACACAUUGUUGACAGUGCCUGACGCUUAUUACGCAAAUAGGUUUGUGCAGAUUCAGAAUGAAAUAAGUCAUGCGUAUUUUGCGCUACGCAUUCGCGGACCAGUGCGUGCAUGCGAUGUGUCCCUCCCACUAGGGCUGUUGAAUGUGAUCAAAGCACCAUCUACUGAUUGUGCAUGAAGUCUUCUUUAGGGUUCGUUCGAGUAGCUCACCCAGAUUGACUCGGGCAAAAGGCAGGCCAUCGCGCUCCUCACGUGACGCCCGUAGCCGCGGCCAUAGCCACUGACAAAAUUUUCGGAUUGGGUCUUAGUUUGAGAUUUACUGUUUUUCAGUCAGUUGCAAAACUCAAAAAUGUUGGGCUGGAAUGAUAGCCUCAAAAGUCGCAAUGAACUCAAUAAAUAAUUACCUUUAGAUUUCAAAUAGGUUAAUUUUUAAGUCCACUUGAGAAUUCCGCUGUCCGGCCGCCAUAUUUGUCCGUUUCUUGGAAAGAACAACGCAUGCGUGUGACGUAUUUCCACCACUGACUCUGCAGCACGACCAGGGUCUGUGGUGGCUGACCCGGUUGAGCCCCGAGAAUGACAUCAGAGCUAAUCAAAUGGCAUGGGGCUGACCCGUGUCGAGUCGACCCAGGUGAGCUCAACGAGCACGCCCUACGAGUAUGCCUGUGGUGUUGGAUCCCUGCCAAACACAUUAGUGUUUGAUCUGAACUGGAAGAUUUGGUAGGAGGAUUUUUGCCGUCAAAGCUGCUAUUGGCUGUGCAUUCCUGUUAAAACUUUGUCACUGUAAGCACUCCAUGCCAUUCACACUCGUGGACUAGUGCAAGCACUUGUUGUUUCAUCGGGUAAAAUUUCAGUUGUACAUCAUAUACUUUUUCAAAACUAUUUACAAUAUUUGUCUGACAGAGACUUACAGGUUUGGACUGCAGGUGCAUGCUGAUGAAAGAAUUAGGAAAAACUAUCGAUAGAUUCUGGCAGUUAAUUUUGACAGAGUUGUGACUACUCUUUGAGAAGGCCACACUGCGCCAUCUGUCACUUCCUCAUACAGAUUGUCUAGGUACCUCAGGUUUUCGCUGGUACCAGAAAGCUAGCCUAGUGUCCUCUUUGUACCUAUCUCUCUGACUGUCACUUGUGAUCAGGGCAGUGCUGUUGUCGUUUAGGAUUACCCCAUAACGCCAACGAAUGGGCUAAAUCCAGCCCAUUGCAUAGACCAGAUGCAUGAAAAGACUUCCAGUUAAAAAAACAUUCUGAGUCAAUUGACUAGAAUUUUGAGCACUCUGGGAUCAGCUUGCUUACCUGUCUUUUUUAUACAAUGGGGGGGGGGGGUGAGACUUUUAUAUAACACUGUUUUAUAACACAAUAUAGGCCUCAAUUCAGCGAUUUACGAUUUCGGAUCUGUGCUAAGAAUGAGGUAACCUUUUAGGGGGCGGAGUAAACAAUAUAGGGGAGGGUUUUUUAUAACACAAUGUAGGCCUCAAAUCAGCGAUUCUGGAUUUUGGAUCUGUGGCUAGAAUGAGGUAACCAUUUAGGGGGCGGAGUAAACAAUAUAGGGGAGGGGCUGUUUCCCUCUUAUGUGCUGUAACAGAAUGCUUGCCUUGUUGUUAAACAGAUGGUCCAUUCAUAUUCCGUGUGCAGACUGUCCCUGGAACGUAAACAGAUGGCUUAUUGCAAUCAGUAUUGAUUACACUACAGCCAGCAGGUAAUUGCUCAUUUAAUAUUGUGUACAUGUAGAUGAAAGUUCAUAAAGAGGUGUGGUAACAAAAGUGAGUGCAAUGCA